UUGUACUUACUAUACUAAACCACAGGAUAUGCUGUGACUAAACAUACCGACAUUAGCAAAUUAAAUAUUAUUAAUUAUAGCCUAUAGCAUAGAAUCUGGAACUGUGCCUACAGUACAAUUAAAUAAUGGCUGCUAGUGAAUAUGGAAGGUUAAUCAAAAAGGAGGUGGAAUCUGUGGAUGAUGAUAACCAUAUCUACUUUGGAGAAAGUGAUGCAUUCAAAAUGAGUAUCCCAAAAAAUGAAUUUGAGCCAGAACAAAUCAAAAGUGAAGAAGAUGUCACUGAAUUUGUUAAUUAUGAAAUGAAAUCUGAAAAAUGCUUGGAAGAAGUAAAAGAAGGCUCAUAUUGUGAAAUGUGUGGAGGACGAUUGCUUUAUUCAACAGAUUUCUUCAGCCCUGAUAAUUUGAAAUUCAGUUGUAAUUGUCAAUACCAGAAUGAGUCUAAUGCCAUGCAACGUGAAAAUACAAUGGAUGUGAAACCAUUUAGCUUUGGCUCAGAUUUUGGAACGUCUGUAUUUGAAACGGAGGAAGAAAAAAUCGCUGGAAAGGAGAAGGAUUUAAUCAAUGGAAAUGUGUCAUUAACGUCUUGUGAAAAAGAAUUUACUGUUGAAGGUGACCAUUUAGCUGAACACGAAAUGUCAUGUAAGACGGAGGAGAUUAAUGAAAUAUUAGGCUCGGGAUACAAUUUGAAUUCAUUUGCCGAGAAUAGAUUUCAUGGGGAAACUGGAGUUUGUUCAAAAAAUUUGAAUGGAACAACUGAUGUGGGAUCUGUUGAAAAGAAUCAUACAGAGAAGAUACGACUUCAUCAGUGUCAAUUUUGCUCCAAGUCAUUCAACCACAGAUGCAGGUUGAAGAAGCAUGAAAAAAUUCAUAGCGGGCAAAAACCAUUUCAAUGUAACGUCUGCUCAAAGUCAUUCAGUGAAAGGGGUAAUUUGAAAAUACACGAAAAAAUUCAUACUGGCGAAAAACCAUUUCACUGUAAAAUCUGUUUGAAAUCUUUCAGUCAAAGUGGCAAUUUGAAAAAACAUGAAAAAACUCAUAUUGGUGAGAAACCACUUAAUCCAUUUCAGUGUAACAUCUGCUCCAAAUCAUUCAGACUCUGGGGUAUUUUGAAAAGACAUAAAAAAUGUCAUACAGGAGAAAAACUGUUUCAGUGUAAAAUCUGCUCUAAAUCAUUUCGUCUAUGUAGUAAUUUGAAACAACAUGAAAAAAUUCACUCUGGCGAAAAACUGUUUCACUGUAAAAUCUGCUCCAAAUCAUUCAUUAAAAGUCACGAUUUGAAAAGACACGAAACAAUUCAUACAGGUGAGAAAUCGUUUCAGUGUAAAAUCUGCUCCAAAUCAUUCAGUCUCUGUGGUAAUUUGAAAAGACAUGUAAAAAUUCAUACAGCUGAAAAACCGUUCCAGUGUAACAUAUGCUCUAAAUCUUUCAUUCAAAAAAUUCAUUUGAAAACACAUGAAAAAAUUCAUACUGGUGUAAAACCGUUUCAGGGUUAAAUCUGCUCCAUAACUUUUUUUUCAAAAAAAUUGCAAAUGGCAUGAAAAAAUUCAUAAAGUCAUUCAUUGAGAGACGUAACUUGAAAUUGAAUAAACAAAUUCAUACUGGCGAAAAAUCAUUCCAGUGUAAAAACAAGAAAAAAUUCAUACUGCUCAAAGUCAUUCACUCAAAGUAGGUUAUUGACAAUUUAAAAUCGUAUCUGUCGGAUAUACUUCAAUUUCCAGCGUGGUAUUAGCCAAGAAAGUAGUUGUAUUCUGGCAGGCACUUAUCAGAAUCCACUGUGUAGGUACUUUGGGAGAGAUGAAUGUUUCGAGAUUUAAUUUCGAAAUGUAUAUUUUUCAAAAUUGAUUACUAGUUUAUUUGAUGAUAAAUAUGCAUAAUAGCAGUUCUGGAAAAAAGUGCAAUGUACGUAAAAAAAAUGAAUUCUGAAUUAUUUGUUAAGUCAAGAAGAGUAUUUUGACUAACGCAGUUGCAAUGUUUGGAGAUUGUAACCAAAGAUUUAUGUAAUCUUUGUGAGUGACAUUAUAUCUUAAAAUUAUGUAUCGGAAUUAUAAAUUACACUGUACUUAUAGGUUUGUGGUGAAAUUGACAUGUUUUAUGUAUUCAGAAAUACAUUCUGUAAAUAUAUUUUUUUUAACAUAAAAUAUUAGUCGCAGCAUAUUUGAUUAAAAUUUUGACACAUUACUAUACCGGUGACCUUCGUAGAACAUUUGUCCUAUCCUAACCACAAUAAAAAUGUUAUGCAGUAUCCAGAAUUAAAAUGAAGAACAGAGAAACUAAUUUGAGACAAUAAAUCAUUACAUAUAACUUUUCCUUCAAAUAAGUCAUAAAUAUGUUGAGUCAUUUUUCAUCAGUCGACUGUUUUGUAUGUCUUCCGUGUAUUUCGAGGUUUCCUGGUGUAUAAAAGCGCAAUUUGUAACCUAAAGUGCAUCUGAAUGAUCUACAAGUCCAAGGUUCUCAAUGACAUACCCCAAGGUACUGUCCUUGGUCCAUUAUUGUUUUCUAUAUAUAUGAAUGAUCUCUUCUCAAUUAAAAUAGCUGGUCAGUUAUUUUAUAUGCUGCCGAUACGUGGGAUGAG